AUGGGCAACUGUAAAGGUUUACCCCAUGAAAUGAAAACAAAAUUUUUAAAAAAUGGGGACAUUUUACAAAUGCAAAAGGAAAAUUUAUUAGCUACUGCUUUCAAAGACAAAAGACAGAUUUUAUUUCUGUUGACUAAUGAACAACCUAGUGUUGGUGUUGAGGGAAAAUCCCUAGUGAAUAUUUGUUAUAACAAAUAUAUGGAUGGGGUUGAUAAAUCUGACCAAUAUUGGGCAUAUUACCCAGUUGGUCAACCUGGAAAGAAAUGGUGGAGGUACAUUUUGUGGUUUUUAGUUAAUUUAACUAUAGUAAGUUCAUAUAUUGUACAUGCAAAAAGCCACAAGGUACCUCUGCCACCAAAGGACUACGACCAUUUGAAAUUUCGGGUUGACAUUGCAUGUCAGUCAUGUGAGAGCUUAUCUUCUAGGAAGCACAGAACUGGGAGAAAAGCAAAAUUAACUGAAGUGGAUAUCAACAGAGAAAAUACUGACUUUCAUAAAGUCGAAAAGGUAAAUGGAAGAAAAAUAGUUUGCAGACUGUGUUUGCUGCAAAAACAGAAGAACUGCAAAAGAGUAUCAGAUUGA